AUGAUCGAUCAAUUAUCAAAAACAAAUAAUUCUACUGGUCUUUUUGGAGAACAAACUCCAAAAAAGAUUCCACAAGAAACAAUGAUUUUUACAAAUGAAUUAUUUCAACGUGUUAUAACAGCUGUACUCUGUUCAUUUAAUUCAACAACAACAAAUAAUGAUAAACAAUAUGCAUUAAAUUUUCUUGAAGAUCUAAAAGAAAAUCAUCCAUUAAUAAGUCUUACUAUUGGUUUUGAAUUAUUAAAACAACAAACAAAUAAUGAAUCAUUAUUACAUCAUUAUGGUAUACAUUUAAUUGAAUCAAUAAUAAAAUAUAAAUGGACAUUAUUAAAACCGGAUGAAAAAUAUUUAGUUAAAGAACAAUUAUUUAUUUUAAUCAAAAGUUCAUGUUUAAGUCAAACAUUUAUGGAUCCUAUUUAUAUACGUAAUGCUUUAGCAAAAUGUCUAGUUGAAAUGAUAAAACGUGAUUGUUUUGAGAAAGUAAAUACAACUUUAGAUGAAAUUGUUCUUAUGACACAAACUAUUGCUCAAAUUGAAGAUAACAAUUCUACUCAACUUGAACUUAUUUUACUUGUUUAUCGUUUUUUAAAUGAAGAAUUAACAAUUUAUGCUCAAUCAAUACAAAUUCAUCGUCGUCGACAAUUAUUAAAUCAAUUACAAAAACGUUUAAAUGAUAUUUUACCAUGUUUAAUACGUAUAUCAAAUGAUUUAUUAAUUGUAACUGAUCAACGUGAACGUUUAACACAAGCAUGUUUAUUAGCUGUGAAUAGUUUUCUUAUAUGGGUAGAAUAUAAUCAUUUUGAACAGUAUGAAUUAUUUCUUUGUGAAUUAUUUUUAAAAUUUUUUCAACUUAAUUCCGUUAAAUUACGACAUGCUUCAUUUGAAUGUUUACUUAGUCUUGUUAAUAAACGUUUAGCAAAAAAACAAUUACAACAACAACAACAACAAAGAAAUAAACGUAUUGCAUUAUUACCAUCAGCAGCAUUAAAUUGUCAACAAGAAAAACUUUUUCUUAAUUAUUUAUUAGGAGAUAAUACAUUAGGAAUGUUUUAUCGACUUUUAAUAAAUCCAACGGAUUCCAUUGAACAAUUACGUACAAUAGUUACGAAUGAUCAUUUGAAUUGUUUAAAAAUGCUUGGUCAAUUUCUUGUUAAAUUAGCUAAUUAUUUAUUACAAUUAUUUCAACAAUUAGCAACAAAAUCGAUUGAUGAUGAUCAAUUUUUAACUUUUGUUAAUGAACGAACACGUUCAUUUUUACAAUUUCUUCUUCUAUUAAAUCAACAUUCAUUUCAUUUAUUAUCAUUAAAUUCUUAUCAAGCAUUAAAUGCAUUCAUUAUUCGACAACCAACAUUAUUAUCAAAUGAACAAUUUUGUUUACAAUUAGUUGAAAAUCUAAAACAAUCAUUACAUCGUAUACAUUUUCCAUCAUCAACAACAAUAUUUAUUGAAAAUGAUAAUGAAUUAUUAAAAAAACAAUAUGAACAUAAUCAAAAAUGUUUUAUUUAUGCUUUAUUUGAAUAUGAUAGUGAAGAACAAUUUUUUUGGAAAUUUUUUUCUCAAUAUAGAACUGAAUUACAAAAAUUAAUUAAAUCAUUUAUUGGAAUGUUUUUUCCAGAUGUUAUUUCUGAAUGUUCAAUUGUUGUUCAAACGAAUAUGUCAUGUUUAAAAUCAAUUCUUCAAUGUUUACUUGGAUUUCUUGAAUCACUUGUUCAACGUACACCAACUAAAAUAGAUAAUCAAAUUCAAUCAUCAUUAUCAUCAAUAUAUUUAAUUAUUGAAUGGGAAGCAUUUUAUUUAUUAAUUGAUCAUGUUUUAUUUAUUGUUCGUAAAGAAUUAUUUUCAUCAUCAACAUCAAUAAUAAAAUCUCAACAAAAAAUGGAACAACAUUUAAUGACAUCAACAAUGACAGAACAAUUUUUACGUACAUUAAGAUUUUUAUUAGUAUUUACACCAAAUUUAAGUGAACAUAUACAUGGACAUGUAUUAAAUUUAUUAUCAGUUAUGUUUUUUAUAACAAAACAUGAUCCAUCAUUAGCUAUUCAAAUUAUUCAACGUCUUUUAACAACAUUUCAAUUAUAUCAACAACACUCAAUAGCUGGUACAAAUAUUCAUGAAUGUGAAAUAAUGCAAACUCAAGCAGCAAAUUCUUUUCUAUAUUUAUGUAAAAAUUUUACUAUUAAAAUGAUUGAUUAUUAUUCAGAAUUAUUUCCAUUUAUAUGUCAACUUUAUAAAGAUGAAUUUCAAUUAACUAAAACUUUAUUAACAAUAACAAUUGAUGAAUCAUCAUGUCCAACAUUAAAAUUACUUGAUGCAGCACAAACAUUACUUUAUUAUAAAUUAAUUCAUAAUAAUGAUGAAACACAAUUUGAAGCAUUUUCUGAACUUGUUAAACCUAUUUAUGAAACAUUUAUAACAUCAUUAACAGUUGAUUCAUUAACACCAUUUAUACAAUAUCUUGAUUUAUGUUCAAAUGAAAUAAUUGAUAUGAAUAUAAUACGUUAUCGACGACGAAAUUUAAUGCUUGCUUUACAUUGUUUAUGUUUAUUAAUACGUUAUUCAAAACAACACCAGCACCAAUUAAAUCCUAUUAUACGUUCAAAAAUUGCUAUUGGUCUUCGACCAUUUUUAUUUGAUUAUAUAUUAAAAGUAACACAAUUUUGUAAUCAAUUAUAUGAUCGACAAAUAAAUCCAUUGUAUGAAACAUUAAAAGUUAAUUUAACAUAUAGUGAAACAGAAAAACAAUUAUAUUUGGGAACUUAUGAAAGUAAUAAUAUGGCUAAAGCAACAAUAACAUCAACUACGACACCAUCAAGUCUCCCAGUAAGUUUUGUUCGAUUUCAAUCAACAUCAGGUGGCAAUAUUAUUGAUGAUCAACGUCUUCGUGAUUAUCUUCAUCGUUUAUUUGAUAUAUGUUAUCAAAUAAAUGGAAUGUUUUUUGCUCAUGAUACAGAUUUAUAUUAUUUAAAAUUAAAUGAUGAUAAUUAUUUUAUAACAUCAUUUUUACAAAAAAUUCUUUUUGAAAAUUUAAAUACUCUUCCAUCAUUUCGUCUUCGUAUUGUUUUACGACAUUUUUGUCGAUCAUUUGUUGAACAUUAUUGUUCAUUAUUAAUAUUAGAUAAAGAAAUAAUCAAUGAAUUAUUUCUUACAUUUCUUGAUAUAUUUUUACCUUAUAUUCAACAACGUUUAACAACAAUGUGGAAUAGUUUAUUAACAACAACAAUUAAUUAUCAACAAGGUGAAUGUUCAGAUGAAGUUAUUGAAGAAUGUGUUUGUGUUUUAUUAACACGUGAUUUUGUUGAUAUUAUAAGAUAUUUUAUAUAUAAAACAACAAUUCUUGGACAAACGAAUUCAACAAUAAGUGGAAUAAAUAAAAAAAAGAAUAAAAUAAUGAAUGGACAUGGUCAUAGUGAAAGUAUGUGUGAAGAAACAAAUGGUAUCAGUGGUGAUACAGAUCAAAUUGAUGAAUGGGAUGAACAAGCAACUAAUUAUAAUAGUAUUAAUAAUAAAUUAUUAAAUGGUACACAAGAAAAAAUGGAUUACAGUGAUCUUUUCAAUUACAUGAUUAAAAUGUCUCGACAAAAUUCACCACUUGCUCUACGUCUUUUAACUUAUGUUAUAAAAACAUUAUUUGAAUGUUUAACAUUUCCUGAUGCAUAUUGUGUCAAUCGUUUUCUACCAAUCAUCCUUCCAUUAACAAAACUUUAUACGGAUAUUAUUGAUAAACUUGUUAAUUCAUCAUCAUUAAUCGAUAUUAAAUUUCUUUUUCAAUGUUUACUUAAAGGACUUGAACGACAUAAUGAAAAUGAAGGUGUUAAUACAAAUAUGAUGUCAUUAAUUGGUCAUAUUUAUGAAUUAUGGCAUAAUCAAUAUCAAACAGAACUUGAUCUUGUUUUAUAUCAAACAAUUCCACAAUUAAAUAUUGAAUUAUUAAAUACAUAUAAAACACGUUUAUUAUCGAGUAGUAAUAGCAAUAAUGAACAACAAAGAAAAUCACAACAAAUAACUGAACGUGAACGACGUGAUACAAUUAAAAAUUUACUUAAUCCACUUCUAUUAUCACCUAUGUCAAGUAAUAAAAAAGAAGGACUAAAUUUAAAAAUUCCAUAUAAUCAAACAAUCGUUUCAACACUUUAG